UAAACCCGAAACUGGAGCAAAAUGUUAUGAAACCUCUUCACGUUCGGUAUCAAAGCUACCGCGUCGGCGGCUCGUCGGCACGUCAUUCGGAAAGUGGGAGCAUACGCCAUCAACAAAAGGUGGAACUUCCUCCCUCGAGACAAGAAUUGCGGGAACUCGAGUCUGUCUUCUGAUCACCACACACUUACUUACAAGCACUGCAACGAAUCUUCGACCUCAAAACAGUUGCCCACAAUGCCUGAAUACAAAGUGUACGAAGUAACAAAGCCUUACAUCGAGAUCAAUUGCUCGCUCGGUGAAGGGCCCUUCUGGGAAGAGGAGACAAACACACUCCGCUUCCUCGAUGUCGAGAAGCAGGAGCUGCACCGCGUCGACAUCAACAAGGGGCCUUCAAGCCACAAGCUGAUCAAGAAGCUCGAUAUCUCCAUGGGCUGCACAGCAGACAUCGAGGGCAACGACAAGGAGUUCAUCUUCGGCGGCAAGUACGGCUACGGCAUCGCAAACAAGAAGACAGGCGACUACAGAUGGGUUCAAAAGGUCUGGUCAGAGGAUGAGAUCAAGGUGAAGAAGCACGAGAAGUUCCGCGGCAACGAUGGUGCUGUCGAUUCGCAAGGUCGCUUCUGGGCUGGCUUCAUGUUUGACCCGCUGGUCGAGGAGAUGAGGUCUGACGGCGCGGUCUUCCGUCUGAACCCUGAUGGGUCCCUCGACCGCCCUCUCCGCGACAUCUGCAUCCCCAACGGUACGACAUGGAACCAGAAGGACGACACCAUGUUCUUCGCCGACAGCCCCGAUAAGAUCAUCUACCAAUUCGACUUCGAUCCCAAGACCGGCUCCGUUACGAACAGGCGCCCCUUCUUCACAAUGCCCAAGGACAACAAGUACGGCGAGAACGCAGUCCCAGAUGGCCACUGCAUCGACGAGGAGGGAUACAUGUGGACAGCCCUGCACGAUGGAGGACGUGUUUUGAGGAUAUCGCCCCAGGGCGAGGUCGUUGCGGAGGUCAGGCUUCCAACAAGUCAGAUCACCUGCCCCUGCUUCGUUGGCACACAACUGUUCAUCACAAGCGCAGGCGGUGGUGGACCAAGCGGAGACGACGGCAAGCCGGUGGACAAGUUUGCUGGAAGCUGCUUCAUGGUCGAUGUUGGUGUACGAGGAUUGAAGAGGUUCAAGUUCAAGGGUAGUGAAAAUAUCAAGGGACAAAAGGUUGACGGCCAAGAGGUUGCACAGUAGAACCUCUGCACCGAGUGCCUAGCUGGGACUUGUACCUUUGUGAGCGACGUGAGAUACCAGUAGCAUCGCAUAUACACGAGCAAGUCCAGCUCUUGAUCAUGCACCGAUCUAGUCUGUAGAGCCCAUAUCAAGUGAGUCGUUGAUACUCUCUCAACUGAA